AUGAAAUCCAAACACAAGAGCCGAUCUCCACUCAUGAAUGUAGUCCGAAAGCCACAUGUUACUCAUCAAGUACUUCUAUUUCGUGUAAUUCCAGCACCUGAUUCACCACCGUCAAAGAAACGAAGCGCUGCUGAUAUGGCUAAACACAUUUCCAAGAAGAAGAAGAAGAAGAAAAGCAAGAUGAUUAUCUCUUCUGAGUCCACAACUGAUGAAGAUGAAACAAUUCAAGAAACUCUACAAGCCAAUCUUAACAAAGAAACUUCUACUCCUGCACAAAUAGUUGUUAUACCACCCGAAGAUUCGGUUGCCAAGUCAGUUUUCGAGGAGGCACGAACUUCUAACAUUCUUGUAAAUGUAACUAAUAUAGAUGCAAAUGUCAUCAUGGGUGAGGAUGCUUUGCAGAACGCUGAACAAGAUAAUUGUAGGAAAAAGCUGCAAUCUUUGUGUUUCUUGACGUUCCAGAUCUGUUCGUUAGUGUGUGGAAGGAUUAAUCUGAUCUGGGUGAAAUUCCCAAUUGUGCAAACCCUGAAGGAAAAGAACCCUAAAGCAAAUGACUUCUUGACCUUCUUUUGGUUAACAAGUUGUCCCACGACAGAUUCUCAAUGCAUUGAACAUGACUAUCUUGGGUACCCAAUAAGUCUUCUUGUUGGGGAAACAGAAUGGAUUGAAGUUCUAGUUUUCACUUUGUGA